AUGUUGGUCUUACUUUCCAUCUUAACACUUACUCUAGGAAAAGACUAUGAUACUCUUUAUACCGAAAACCUUUAUGCUGAACAAACCGAUUGUUCUGGGACUCGUCAACUAGUUUGCUUCUAUUGCAAUACAAACUAUACAUAUACAGUUGACGGAAAUAAAGAUUUUCAAAUCGAAGGUCUCUUUCAAUCUGAGCUCGAUAUAAUGUAUAAUCUGUUGAAUUGAUAGCCAAAUACCGAACUAAUAAUAUUUCUUAUAAUAAGUUAUAUGUGUUUUUCGAAAAAAGUAAUAAUAAAUAAGUAUACUCAGUAAUAGACGAUCUAGAAGUUUAUAUAAACGGCACUGAGUAUGUCAUCGCAUUAGGCAACUCUUCUACCUGUAUUUCUAUAGGAGAAAUUUCAAAUACCCCAGACUAUUCCACAAUGUUUGUAGAAUUGAUGGAAGUCGAAUAUUCAGACCAAGAUUUAGCCUUUAUUACAGACGAGCCUUUAUUAACACAAGUUUUAGCUAACACCAAGUCAGGCGUCUCUCAAGAUUAUUACCUAAUGCAACUUGUAAUGGACUUUGAAACAAGCUCAACUGUUACCUAUUUAGACAGAAUUGAUUUGACCAUUGAGAAAAAAUUGAUUAAUUUAUACCAGCAUUAUGGGUAUUUAGAAUAUGAAGGAAGUGUCCAAGCAGGCUCAGUAGAUAGGGAAAGAUUAAAUUCUAGCUUGUGUGUGUCUGUGCCAUAUACAAAUGAAGAAAUAAACAAAUUUAAGCUCACUAUCAAUGUAGAUACAGAAUAUACAAUGCAAGAAUGGGUUAAUGGAAUUGCUGAAACUUCUGGAUGCUCAGAAAUCCAGUCUCCAAAAGGUUUGGAGUAUUUGCAAAAUUUGCCUGUAAGCCAUACAGUUCUUUGGAUUGAAAAUAACAGCUCAAGCCAGGAAACAAGCCUUCUCAGCACUAUUGUCUAUAUUAUUGUGCCAGAUUUUUCCAUUACAACUGGUGUUUAUUUGUCAAACCUUAGUGGGACGCUUUAUAUAAAAAACAAUGACUGCGAAAUGCAUUUUUCAGGGACAUGGGAAAAUUCAAUAAAAAAUUUUUUAGUUGAUAUCGGCUCAGGACUUAAUGAGUCUUAUACUGGACAAGCAAUCAUAAAGCAUGAUCCAAAAGUAAUAAAAUUGGAAGAUUUAGAGAAUUUAAUGAAAAACUUGUAUCCUGAUUCAAAUAGCAUUUUGCCACAGUACUCUGAAGAUUCUGCUUUAAAUAUGAAACUCUAUGAGACCUCCUUUUUCAGCCCUUCUUUAUCUUUAAAUUUUGACCCUGAAGUAGACAUUUCGGUAACUGGGAUUGGAAAAAUCGCUGAUUAUAAAGACUGCUUUUUAAGCGUUUAUUUUUCCAGAUAUGAAACUGUAAUAGACUCAUAUGGUUUUAUUGAAAAUAUCAGCGAGCAAGCACUUAACGUUCUUCAUGAUUUAGAUUGGCUGAAAAAUGAUGGCGUCAGCUUUAAAAAUGGCAAUCUUCAGUUUGCAACCAGGAAUAUUUCUUAUGGGGAAAACUCCACAAUAUCACCUGGAACUCAAAUCAAUUCAACUCUUUUCCUUAGCCAGCGUUGUUUUGACCUUGAAUUCUGCUCAAUAAUAGCUAAAGGACUUAAUGGUACAUCAGCAAAUGUUUCAAGUAUUUAUUUUCCAUCUGAUUUUUAUUAUUCUUCUUCUCUGCAGAACCUUACUUUUUCGUCUUUGGUUAUUUAUGAUAAUUUUUAUUAUGCUUAUUUUGCUCCUCAAGAAACCCAAUUUAUAUCAGGGUUCUUUGAUAUAAGUGGAGACUGAAAUUCUGAGCUGAAUUUCCAGGCGAAUAUUACUACAGUGUCUGGAGACGCCUUUUUAGCAGCAAAAAUGACAGGAACGUGAAAGUCUGUGCUUAAUAUUACUAGUCUAGAGAUACCAUUGCUUGAUAUCACAGCUGACAUCAAUUUAACAUCAAUUUUAUCAUCUUCUGCGGAAGGGAAAUGUGAAUUUGUAGAUUCAACUAGCUCCUGGCCAGGAGAUAUUAUGGUGUCAUUGAAUAUUAAAGACUAUAACAAAAACUUCUUCGUUGCAGAUAUGUAACUCAUUUUAUAUUACUUUGGCAUUUUGCAUUACCUUAAUAAGUUUCGAAUUUCCUAUGACUAUAAGCGAUUAUUAUAAAAAAUAAUUCAAAAUUUAAUCUAUUUAGGAUUACCCAACAUCUGCUGAAUUAUUCUUCAAAUUUAUCACUCUAAAAAGUGAACUUGACAGCGUCAUUGCCACAUUUAAUUUUUCAGCUGGCUGUACUAUUGAAUACUCAGAACAGGAGUAUACUUUUAUGUCAGAAGGAUUCUAUCUCAAUGGCCCAACAGAGUUUAUGGGUCUCCCCUGCUCCUUCACAGCCAAGACUCUUGAGCUAACAGAAACACUAAACAUGACUGUAUAUAUGCCAGGAUUCACUUGUGGAGAAAACAAUAUCAGGGUUUCAGAAUACAGUGAAAAAAUUGUCUGCGACGUGCUUGUAGGACAAACGAACUCUUCAGCCACUUUUACAGCAGAAAUUCGAUUAUUUGGUAUAUCCCAAGUUGAGAAUAUGGCAAUUACAGGAGAAUAUUUUGAGUUUUCUCUUGAAGGAAAGCCAUUUGAUGGCGCUUAUGGCGCAUAUUUAGAAGUUUCAGCACCAAUGAAUGGGGAUAUCCAGACUGCAGAAUUUACUGUUGACUUUAAUAUUGAUUAUAAAGAGCUUGAGUCUAUGUCCACCUCAGUAUCAGAAUACUUAAAUAAAUGGAUCCAAGUUGGCCUUGAUGUUUUAGAAGACUCUGAAAAUACUUUAGAACAGGCUGAACAAACGCUUCAGGGAUAUUCGGACUUGUUAUGCAGCAUUUCAUGCCCAUUAAAGAGCACCUGUGUAUCUGAUUUUAAAAAUACCUGUACUAAGCAGUUAAGUUAUGAUUGCACUAUUAUAGGCGAUGUGUGCUCUUCAGUGAAUUACACAUGCACAGAAACAGAAAAUGCAUGCUUAGAUGAUGCUUGUGAAUAUACAGCAGAUUUAUGCCAAUACUGGAACAGUACAUGUGAUGCAUACACACAAGGAGGCUGCGACCAACUAAACUUGACCACAAUUGGAAAAGAAUGUUUAGAAUCAAUUUAUGCUUGCGAAACUGAAGAGCUUAGUGAUUCUAACUGUGAAGCUGAAUGUGAGUUUAAUAAAAUCGCAUAUUCUGAGUAUUUAGGGUAUUAUGAUGGUCUUAACGAAAAUUAUAUAGAAACUUUUGCUGAACUUUCAGGGUUUAAAACACUAUCAGAGACUUCACAGUUAUUUGCUAUUUAUUCAGCAUCAUCAGUUGUGCCUUUAAAUGAAACUGGAAUCGGGCCUUCAGACAUUGAAUUUACAGUUAAAUAUUCAGCUUAUAGCAUACUUGAAACGCAAUUAGUCAAUCUUACUGUUAAUAUCAAGUUUGAUUUUUAUAAUGAAGAUAGGAGCAAUUUGCACAUGUUCAAUAUCAUCAAAAAUUCAAUUAUAGAUAAUAGUGGAGGAACACUUAGUGAAGAAUUAAAGGAGUAUACACCUAUGGAGGUUGCAGCAAAUUAA